AUGCACCAGGGUGUCUAUGCCUCAAAUGAGAAGCUGCGUGGGGCGACCAAACUCUUCGAGGGGAAGAUUCAGGGAUCAGAAUCCGUGGCAGUGGCCAAGGAUGGCUCGCUGUACAUGCUGGACAAGUUCGGCUAUGUGUGGAGGGCGCCUGCCAACGCAGCAGGAGGGUAUGACUUGGAGAAGGAGCCGCUUGCGCAUCUGGGCUCUGGCCGGCCCCUCGGAUUCCACUUUGAUGCCAAUGGCAACCUCAUUGUGUGCAACGCUGGCUCGGGGCUUGUGAUGUUGGAGAAGGAGAGCGGCAAAGUGGUGCUUCUGACAGCUCGCGUGAGCGCGGACGACCCGGUGGCGCCCGGCAGCUCCAUUGACUACAUCAAUGACGUGGCAGUGGCGUCCAACGGCAUUGUGUAUUUCACCGACUCUGUUCGCGGUAUCACCCCUGCCAAGAACCCCGGGGGCUUCUGGGACACCAUGGCCGCCUACACGCUGUCACUGUUCAAUGGGAGGGCAUCAGGGCGGCUGCUGUCGUACAACCCGGCGACGCGCAAGACACAUGUGGUCAGCGAGGGCCUCUGGUUUGCCAACGGCGUGACGCUGAGUAAGGAUGAGUCAUUUGUGGCCGUUGUGGAGACAAACGUGCAGCGAGUCCACAGCGUGUGGCUGUCCGGCCCUAAGGCGGGCCAGAGGGAGGUAUUGGUGGACAAGCUGCCGGGCUUCCCUGAUGGCAUCACCACCAGCUCUUCAGGCAGCUUCUGGGUCGGCCUGGUGGUCCCCAAAAUGCCCAUCGUGGCUUGGCUAGAGAGCAGGUAUGUGCGGUGGCUAGCUGCCUGGUUGCCCGAGCACAUCAAGCCUCCCAUCCCUCAGUGGGGUGCCAUCGUGGAGAUAUCUCCAGAGGGCGAGGCGUUGCGAGCAUUGUAUGACUCAGAUGGUUCACAUGUGAGCGCUGUUUCAGCUAUAACCGAGUCGAGAGGACGGUUGUUCUUUGGAAAUCUUGCUGGGGAGUAUGUCAGCUUUUUGCCAACACCUGGCAAAGAAUGA